AUGGGUUACUACGAUGAAGAAGGGAAUUAUCAUUCCUUCACAAGGGCUCCCGAAAACCAACUCACCCUAAAGAAGCCGCAGCUGCUUCCUCGUCCUACCGCUUCCAAGCGAGCAGGUCACCACGAUAAUGGGGAAGCCUCUAAAACAUCAGAACCUCAUGAUCUCCACGAUGACAAUGGAACUUAUGAUGACCUCAAGGAUGAUAAAAAUCGUGAGCCUCCCCUUCAGGAUAGGGACUCUGGGGUACCUGGUGGAAAUCAACCGUUUGUGACAAUUCCUUGUCAUUUCAUUCGAAUUGGCGACAUAUUACUUCUCAAUCAACGACCUUGCCAGGUUAUUCGAAUCUCUGUCAGUUCACAGACAGGUCAAUGCAGAUACCUGGGUGUUGAUUUAUUCAGCCGCCACCUUCGCGAAGAGACUUCCUUCGUAGCCAACCCCUCGCCAGAUGUGAUUGUUCAGAGCAUGCUGGGUCCAGUCUAUCGCUUCUAUCGCUUGCUGGAGAUGAACAUGCUUGACGGCACAGUCGUUGCUAUGACCGAAACCGGUGAUGUCAAACUAGGUAUUCCGGUACUACCCCAGAUGUCGCUUAUCGAACGCAUUGAACGUGAAUUCGCAAAUGGAAAAGGCACUAUUCGUGUCUUGGUUAUUUCCGAAGUGGGCAGCGGCCGUGAAUUGGUCGUUGAUUUCAAAAACAGCCGAGGUAUUAUGCCAGCUACCUCCCUUGCGAGUGAGCCUGAUGAAUACGAGCACAGAUCAGACGGCAUCGAAGUGGAAGUUUAUGCUUUUUCGAAGACUGGCGAACCGUCUGUGUUGCCUGUUACUGAAGAUGACAAAGAAGCUCAAGAACACACAUCACUCGAGUCUCCGAACCCUUUCCCGGGGUAUUUAACAGCUCAUAAUGUUGAUUGGAUGGAGUUCCAAGGGGAAACCGAAGUGACCCUCUGGACGGUUACGACACCAACAACGCACAGCAGCCCGAGGCUAUUUCGAUGGAUUCACAUGCAGCCCCCGGUAAUGCGGUUCAACGACUUUAAAGAGAAUGCAACACGUAUACCUGGCUUAUCCGAUAGUGAGAAGAAAUCACUCAAUAAGCUCCUCGAGAGAGUCGAGAGUGAAUGUGAUCGAAAGCCUAGCCCCAAUACGACCGGUCGGUUCAUGAAACCCGGCCAUCUGACUGAGACCUUUCCGCGCGAGAGUUUUGACCUCGAUAUACUCUCUUGGCUCUGUCUUCCAUAUUUUUGUCUUGAUGCACUGUGCAGUGAUUCGAAUGAAUUUUCAGAUUCGUAUCCUAUGCAACGAUUGCUGCAGGACCUAAUGCUAAAACCGGAACAGGAGAAGAAGCAAGUCAUGAGUCUCAUGAACCCGCCUGAAAAUGGCAAGUGCCUACAUGUUGCACAAUUGUGGGCCAUUGAGAUGAACAACUCUCUCCUCGUCACCUACGGAAAUCUGGAUUUAUCUAAGCUCGAUGGCAUAGACUUGAAAGAUCUACCUCCAAGCCAAACUAAUCAGCCCCCCAAGAUUCCCCCUCGCCGCAUCUUUGUAUCCUUUGAGAAGAGGGUUAUGUGGUCUCUGCCUUUAGAGGACUGCAUCACAUGGCCAAGCUUCCUCUCACACUUUACCGAAUUUGACACCACUCAGCUCGUUUUCACGUACGGAGGAGAACAUGUUGAGCCUAGUCAAUAUGCCGAGUUACUCAACGGGGAGCAUGACAUUAAGUUGGCGCUGAACAUCACUGAAGGAUCCGAUAUCUUUUCAGAGGUAAAUGGUGGAUUCGCCGUAUUUGAGUGGCUCACCGAUAAUGGUACAGCUCUACAUGAUGAUGGAGAUCAUGGAAAGGCCAUAAGGGUACAGGAACGCCUAACAGCAAUUGAUGAGUUCCUGAAAGAACAAAACGUUGACUCCCGCGCUUAUACUGACGCACCGUUGUUAAAUUCCGAGGCAGUACGGGAGCUUGUCAAAGAAAGCGAACUCGCUACGAGUACUGCACAGGCAGCAGAAUCGCUAUAUGGCUUUUUCGUUCCUCCCAAUGCCACGGGUCCUGUCCUGGGGAAAUACUGGGGUGCGGUGCACUCCCUCAUUCGAAAUUUGCAAUCUGACCCAACGGAGGACAUCAGUCCAGUCAAAGACUUUUGUGACCAGCUGAUUGACUUGGCAAGGCAGAUGAAUCCGAUCAAGCUUCGCUUUUCGCGCCCUGGUCUGAUCAAACCCCCUACUGACAAGUCAUCACACCCACUGGAGAUUGCUUGGAUACAUCUUCUCAUGUCCUUAAUCUCCGUGAAACGAAUGCCACAUCGGUCGCGUCAACACAUAAACACUUGUUCAGGUCUGCUUAUCUUAGGCAUUACAAGAGUAAAGGAUACUUUCUCGGGUCCACCACCACAGAAGCCGAAGGUAAUUUUACCUUUCGAUAUUGCAACUUUGAUUGGCUUUCGCCUCUUGGGUGAAUGUGAGCGGAAACAUUCUCCUGGUAGAGAGACCAAGGGGAUUUCCAAGAAGAAGUCUCCAGCUAUGGAUAUCAAAAUGAUUUGCAAAAGUUACUCUGAUUAUUUGGAUCGAUUGAAAAAACGUGUGCAAGUUGAUAAAUUGGACGUGUCCCACAAGGAGGAAAUCGAAUUCCUACAGACACAAAUCAAGCACAUACAAGACAGGCUAGCAGACAAAAAAGUGGUUUGGGACGCUCUAACUAUACCCACGGCGAACACAAAAAUGGAAGUGAAGCGGGAGUCUCGGCAAGGAACCCAUCUAGGAGAUGGUUCCGCCCAUUCAAUUUCCAAGCCAGGAACAGUUGAUGCAUUCAAUGAAACCAACGACGAACCCGAGAGCUACUCAAAUAGCCAACAUAUGUCCCAAAACAGUCUUACCAGUCUACGCAGUAUUUACUCCGAGAACUGCAGAAAUCUGAUUAAUGAAACGGCAGAAGAAUUCAGACAGCUUAUGGUCCAGGCCCGUACUCUUAAGGACAUGAACGACAAGAAGAUUCAAAAUGACAAAAGCCGCCAAGACUUCGCAAUCUAUGCCUUUACAAUCGUGACAAUCAUCUUUCUUCCAUUGAAUACAGUCUCGAGCAUUUUCGGUAUGAACACUACUGAUAUUCGCAAUAUUGAGAGCGGGCAAUGGAUCUACUGGGCAGUAGCCAUUCCAUUGACUGUCAUUGUUAUGGCCCUGACGCUAUUCUGGGCUGGGGAACUUGAGAUAUUUUACAAUCUUGUGAAAAGUUUCCCACGUCGCAGAAAUGUGAGCUAA